CUUCAUCGUACUUCUUCAAUAAAUCAUUGCUUGAAAAGACCCGACCAUCCAAAAAUGAUGCCCUUCAAGAUCGAUGCAACUGCCCUCCUAUACAUCGUGUUUGUUGUGGUAAGAUGUUGGAAAUCCAGCCUGGCGAUGCCUUCUGUUAACGAAUUUCGCCAUUAGGGAGGAGCCAUGUCCUUGAUCCUUGGAGCGUUAUCGUGGGAUCGUACGGCCACACUGCUUCUUCCUUUACCGACAUGGGUUCCAGCUAUCGCAACACUCAUAUCCCCGAUCACAGCACUCACACUGAUAGCCACGCGAGUUUUUUUCCCACAGUCGAACGAUGAAACACCUCACAAUCCUCGAUGGAACACAAUAUCCAGUGUACUCAAUCAUAUUCAAACCGUCAUAUCGACCAUCGUGGCCACAUUAGCACUUGCGUACCUCUUCCCCGACAGGAUUCUCUCAUGUAACCUAGAUCAACAAUGGCAGGCUUUCUUUCAAUCAAAGAAUUCACAGGCUAUCCGCUCCAUCCAAGAUGAGUUCCGAUGCUGCGGUCUUAGAAGUCUUCAUGACAGGGCAUGGCCCUUCAAAGACCGGAGGCACGGGGACAAUGCGUGUGAGUUGCAACUUGGAUAUCAGAGGAGUUGCUUCGCUCCUUGGAGAGAGCACCAGCGGAAUACGUCUUGGAUGGUGUUUGCUGCAGCCGUUUUUGUUUUCGCAGCCAAGGUCGCUUUCGUUCAGCUUUCCGGCCAACGAAUGAGUUGGAUGAGCGCGCAUGUCAGUAGGAGGCCUGAUUACCAGCGAAUUUCACACCCAGAGGAUGACGAGAACGGUGUCCACGAGGAGGCGCGGAGAACAUUUUUACCCCAGUCGAACACCCAGAAUUGGAACGACUGGGAGGUAGACUAAGUUCAAGAAACCUUCGGCCCAGAAAAGAGGAGAACGUUAUUCUCAGCACGAAUCCUUGGCAUACAUCCGGACUAAGUCCAGACUGGUAAUAUCAAACAAUACCGAUUUUACCGUAUUCAUAGAAUUAUCACCCAGAUAGUACUAAAAUCCUCCGAUUGUACACUACUAUAACAUUACCAAAAAGGGACAGACAGAACGGCGUUGGCCCUGGGGUCGCAAUAUGCCUGGCGCAGCCCACGAUACUCUGGUAGUACAGCCACAUGUUCAAUAACCAUCGCUGAAACAGGCUCUGGUAGGCCACGUGUGAGCAGAAUUGGUAGUUUGUCUUGAUCCUAACAGAAUAGUUAAUAACUAGUUAUAUAGUAGUUUAUAAAGAGUGGUAGUGGUAGUGGUAAU